ACGGCCUUCUCGUGUGCUAUGCUCACAUGAACCGAAUUUGUCGCAGCAACUUCCGUUUGAGCUGUUGAGCUUCCCACCGUGUACAAGCUUUGGUGACCACCAGACUAGGGCACCAUGCACAACGUGCCAGGAACGACCAUUGGUUGGCUAACCCAAACAGCUUCGUACACCAGAACCCUUUCCUGACAUGAGUCUGCACUGCGCGGCCUCCGUUCCUUGCCGAUGAAAUAAAGUUCCUGCCUCCCACAGUGCAAGAUAUAAGCCUGCCUGCAGUCCAGCGAGCUGCACUGCAGUGCCCUUUCCCUCGCUCGUCAGGCAAGAUGGUGAACAGAGCUUUGCUUGUGGGCAUUCGCUAUUCCGCACUCCCGGGACAUGUGCUGGAGAGCACCUACCAGGAUGUGGAACGACUCAAAUGGUUCUUAACAAGUAGUGUCAACUUUCGGCCUGAAGAUAUCAUUGAGCUUAGAGACGACGUCGAGCCGUGGAAUCCCCGGUAUCCGAGCAAUGCCAACUUGCCAGGCGACCACCUGGUCUUCCACUUUUCUGGUCAUGGAUCCCAGAAGCCCGACCUGAAUGGAGACGAGGCGGACAAAAUGGAUGAAGCAAUCUGGCCGGCGGAUGUGACACUUAAUGAGGAUGGCGAUGCGGAUAAUGUCAUCAUAGACGAUGACAUCAAGAGCAUACUGGUCGACAACGUCCCGGACGGUGCAUCUCUCGUUAUUAUUCUGGACUGCUGCCACUCGGGCACUGGAGCAGGCAACUACACGGACCCCGACGGACAAGACGACGGGCAAGCUCACCCACUUCCCAGGCGAAAGCUGGCGUUCAGGAAACUUACGAAUAUGAACAAUUGGGGCUCUGGACCGGUUGUUGUCUCAUGGGCAGCUUGUCCAGACCCGAAGGCGACGUUGAGCUUUUCAAGGUCGGGUGGCUACUUCCUGGAGGCUUUCGUAGAGGCUUUUAACGAGAACCCAGGCGUCACACAUCAGGAACUCCUGCACUGCGUCAGAAUGAAAAUGACGUGGUCAGCCGAACGCUAUUUCGAGGAACAGAGGCCUUUGAUGACCAAGGGCCGUUGGAAGCAUCUUCAAAAGUGGUGGAGGCAAGAGCGCCCAGAACCCAUGCUGGGAGUGCUCUAUAACGAAGAUGGUGUACUCUGUUCUCCAGUCGCGGAUACUUUUGGGGUUGGUGCUACGUCCUGGUACUGAUAGGUUCAAGUCGCCGAGAGGCAGGGAUCAGUCGAAUUACUAAAUGGUGCUUAACUGAGUCGUCGUCAGCUCCUAAGAAAUGCGAAUACCUAUGCAGAAUUUUACUGAAUGUGCUUCAAGCGAGGAACAUAGUCUUGAACUG